CCACCGCGCUACCAUCGAGCAUCCACCUCCACCUCUGCCUCUCUACGAAGCAACGAUGAGGAUUCUGCAGCUUCGGCAAAGUCGUUUGAAGAAGUCAGUCGACGGUUGUACGUCCUCGCGAUUCGGGGAAUAGCGGUCGGGGGAAGAGAGAAGAAAGAAGCAAAGGAAUCGCAGUCACUGUCACCAACUGAGAACCGCCUUGUCUUCUAGUCAGGGGCUGCCGCAAACGACCUUCUUUUCUCCUUUCUCUUCCGUCUCGCCUUCUUCCUCGUUGUUCGUCUGUCGUCUCUCCUGUCCGGAACCCUUUUUCGCUGUUUUCCGCUUCGCUGUUGGUUCGUUCCGCUUCUGCCACAAGGAAGAUGCGCUGAGAGCUGAUCGACGAAGAAUGUCGAUGGAUGAGACGCAUGGAGGCAGCAUGGUUUCCGCAAUCCUUUCCUCGAUCGUGCUUCUUCUCCUGCUCGGACGCACCGCAGACGCUCAGAGGAGUUUGGAGUUCUUCGAUCUGCUGCCGGAAGAUCCUAAACUGUACGAUAAAAUGCGACCGCCAAAGAAAGAUGGACAGGCGACUAUCGUUUAUUUCCAUGUCACUGUUAUGGGUCUUGAUUCCAUAGACGAGAAUUCGAUGACCUACGCAGCUGAUAUAUUCUUCGCUCAAACUUGGAAAGAUAACAGACUACGGUUGCCAGAAAAUAUGACAUCUGAAUACAGAUUGCUGGAAGUCGAUUGGUUGAAGAAUAUGUGGCGGCCGGAUUCGUUCUUCAAGAAUGCCAAAUCGGUGACUUUUCAAACGAUGACUAUACCGAAUCAUUACUUAUGGUUGUACAAAGACAAGACUAUUUUAUACAUGGUCAAAUUAACGCUGAAGUUAUCCUGUGCCAUGAACUUCCUGAUCUAUCCUCACGACACGCAAGAGUGUAAAUUACAAAUGGAAAGCUUAUCGCACACGACGGAUGAAAUGAUCUUCCAAUGGGAUCCUGACGUGCCACUCGUCGUCGAUGAAAACAUUGAGCUGCCACAGCUGCAACUGGUUAAGAAUUACACGGCCGACUGCACGCAAGUCUACUCUACUGGUAACUUCACUUGCCUCGAGGUAGUGUUCGUCUUGAAACGUAGACUUGGCUAUUACUUGUUUCAUACUUACGUUCCUACCUGUCUAAUCGUUAUCAUGUCGUGGGUUUCCUUUUGGAUAAAACCGGAAGCGGCGCCAGCCAGGGUAACGCUAGGUGUAACUUCCUUGCUGACCCUUUCGACGCAACACGCGAAGAGUCAAGCUUCUUUGCCUCCUGUUUCGUACCUAAAGGCCGUGGAUGCGUUCAUGUCGGUUUGCACGGUCUUCGUGUUCAUGGCGUUGAUGGAGUAUUGUUUGGUCAACAUCGUCCUCGGCGACUCGGAUACGCCUCCGAAACCAGCGUCCCCGCCUCAGCCACCAUCUUCCAGCGGCACCGAUGCCGCAAAGCUCGAUAAAAUUUUUGACAUCGCUACUAAGGAGAACACGAUAUUGUUAUCCGGCCGAUCGCAGAAAUCGACAACCGGUCCACCGCCAGGCCCUACACCUGCCCAAAGGGCGCGAAUGCGUGCCCUCAACAUCGAUCGAGUCUCGCGUGUCUUCUUCCCUUUCUUAUUCGCCGUAUUAAAUGUAACUUACUGGAUAAUGUUCGCCGAGUACAUUUAAGCUAUCGUGGAAACCGAUUGCAACGAGCUCGAACAAAUAGAAACGGAAACGUCGAUGUUGAAAAACGAGAUAUCAGACGAAAAGGAAGAGACGACGCUGGAAGAAGAUACUGAAACGAAUUCUGAUCGUAGCUAUAUUAUUCUUCAAGGAUACGGCCGAAUACAAUGUUUUGAUUGAGAAAGUGUUACUGAUCGAAAGUCGAUUCUGAAAGUGAAUCUUCAUUGAUAUGCUUGUUUUUGUUCAGGUCGUUGCCCUAAUUGAUAGAACAGUGGUAGAGAUCGAGGGUUUCAAGUUGCAUAGAGUAGAUGGAAGAAUCUUGGUACAAUGAAGAAGAACGUGUAGAAGCAAUAAACAAAAGCGUUCUCUUCUCAUAAAAAAGGAACGUUGCUCAAAGUAUUUUGAAAAAUCUAAAAAUCGGAAAAAUUGUUGAGGUCUUGUAUAUAUAAUUUUAUAAAGUUUACGUUUGAAUGGAAGUAAAAAGUAUCAAACUUAACUCUUUCUUUGUGGACAAAAAUUGACUUUCUUCUCCAUUGCACCGUUAUUUUCAACCCACUCUACUUAAUGAAUACACGUGAUAUAUACUUCGUAUAAUAAAAUCCAUUGAUUACAAAUGUAAACUGUGCGUUCAUUUAUCGAAUCGUAACUCAAAGGAAAAUGAGAACAAAAUAACGGCAGAAAAGUGAUACGAGAAAAUAAGCGAUCGUUAAUUGUAUUCUUUUAAAGGCAUCGAUUAAUACGCUGUUUUAUCCUUUUCAUUACGAGCGAACGAAAGGAGAAGAAAAAAAAAAGAAAAAAUGAUCGAUGCGUCUGAGUGAAUAUUAAAGGCUGUAUGACUGUAUCGAAGAAUUUGCAUAUAUAUUCGUUCGUGAUAAGUGGAAUAUGGAACUGUUUGAAUGCACCGUUUGACCUGUUCAAUAAUUUCACAAUCGUUUCACGUUAGAUUACAAAAAGUGAAAUAUUGAGAAAGCAUAUUAAAAUAUCCGAGAAUCUACUAUUAAAUUGUUUUAAAUUUAUAACUAUACCAUUGUUAAAAGAUAACACGUGUUUUGUUGUAAGAACUUAAUCAUUGGUGAUAAAUGUCGCUGAAUUAAUUGUUAAUAAUUGAUAACUGUAAAUCUAAUUAAACUAACUAGUAAAUUAACAGUGGACAGGUGUUGUAACAAGAUCGUUACAUUCUGCUCGCUGUCAUUUCGUUUAUUAACGAUGAUUAUCAAAUACGAGAAGAUAUUACUCAAGAUUAUUCUCAUAUCUUUACAGCUAAAACGUUUCUGUAAUGAAUAUCCUUGUUCCGAGAAAGCUUGAUCGUCUCGUUGUAAUUUUUGAAACUUUUGCUUCCGAGAUUAUUUGUAACAUGUUUACCGUGUAUGUCACAGUGCUAAGAUAUCAAGGUAAUUGCAAAAUACGGAAUUUAAGUGAAAUACAUGUCGUUUCAGAAACUUCGAUGAGAAAAUAUCAAAAUUGUUAUGGAAUAAAAUUCUAAACUCUAAAUCUUUCUUAGCGAAAUUUUAUCGCGGUGGCACGAAUGAAUAAAAAAUGUAGACUAUAUAUAUAUAUAUAUAUAUAUAUAUAUAUAGUCUACAUUUAUAGAUACAUAUCUAUAUACAUAAAUAAUCUAGAUAUACAAUAUAAUAUAUAUAUUUAUAUUUAUAUAUAAUAUAAAUACAAAUUACAAUAAUUAAUAUAAAUUAUUAUUUAUAUUUAUAUAUAAUAUAAAUAUAAAUAUAUAUAAUAUAUAUAUAUAUAUAUGUAUAAUGUAGUCAUGAUAUUAAACAGAAGAAGGAGAAAGAGAAGAGAAUGCAGUACUAAAAACGUUCACAAAAAUACGGGAAACAUUGAAUGAAACGUAACGUAAAAUGGACUUAAAUUAAACGUUUCGAAUAGAAAGAUUCGAAUCAGUUAUGUUAUAAAUGUGGAAAAAUUGUAGAAUUAUGGAUUUCUAGUACGUUAUUUAACCUAAUUCAAAUCUCCAGUAUUUACGGAUUUUUACAUAACUCUGGUUCGAAGACUUUUAAUUAACGCUAUGCGUUGAACGCACUUGUACAGCAAAUAGACGUAGCAGAACACUUGUUUCGUUUGAGAAAACUGGUACAAUACUAUAUUUACGACUCCGGCCGAAAUACGAUGACGUUUACUCGUAAAUGUGUCAUACUGAUUUUCUCUUUUUGGCCUUUCGUACAAGGGGUGCCUAAAUUUAUUUCUGACUGUCAUAAACUUUAUGCAGCUCUAUAUUUGAAUUUUUUACUGUUUAUCUAUACUAUGGAUCAUAAGUUUUAUUUCCGAUUACCACCUUUACCGAUUAUCAUAAAAGUUUUUAUAUUUUCUAAAGUGUAUAUUAUAUUUCUUAAUAUUUCAGACAUUUCAUGGUUUUUCUUAAAGUUCUUGUUUUAGUUGUACACACACGCAAAUAGCACAUCAUAAAUAUAAAAUCAACUUUUUUUUUUUACGCGGGGAACUCCUCAUGGACCGCGUGGUAAUGUCGGACUUACCGACCAAAACCCCACGAUGGUCGUACCAUGCGCGUUGCGGAGAGGGCCCUGGAAAAUAUAAAAUUAAUCUAAAUACAAGUUAAUUAUACAUAUUGGUAAUAUAGAAUUAACACUAUCUUUUUCAGUAUUACAAUUUGAAGGAUAGUAAGUAAACAGCUAUAUUUACAAAUCACAAGUAAUUAUUGUUUACCUGCAUGCAGUAUAUAUAUGCAGUAUAGUUUGAUUCGAUUUAAUUAUUAUUUUGAGCAAUGAGACACAUAAUAAUAAUAAUGCACUAGAAUUGAAAGACAGGUACGUUUGAAGUGCAUGUAGAUUAGAAAUUACACAGUUAAAAGUGGUCGUUUUAAUAGAAGUAGGAAGAAUUUUUCUUCUUUAAGUAACAGAUAGAUCUGCGCGUGAAUUGUUAAAAUUUCUGUAAACUAAUUCCUUAAGAGGUGGUAUCGAACUUAUGAUUGAUAGUAUGUGUAAUACUGUUAAAACCAAUAGGUUGAGAAACAUUCAAGAUGCAUUCAUUUGUUUAAACUUAUAACGCGUAACAAAUUCGGAAAAAUGUAAACAUAAAAAUAAAAAAUGUCAUAAUUCGAGUUACGAAAAAAUUUACGAAUCAAUUUUUAUUUAAAUAUAUUUGUUUUAUUAAUUUUUCAAUUUUUUUGCGAUCAUCGGAUUACCGUUACUAUAUUUGAACUCGAACAAAAGUUCAUUAUUUAUUCUACGUUUAAAAUACGUUGAGGGAUGUCCUAAAUAUUAAAAAUUGCGUUGCUGUUGAGGAUCAGUCUUCUAUGUUCUCAAGGAUUUUGAGAAUGCAUUUUUUCCGCUCUUUUAUCUCUCACUAAAACACGGCCACCUCAAAGAGUUAAAAGGUGACGCGCAAAUAGACAUCCCUGCUCUAUAUUUAAGAAAAAAACAAUAUACGCUGCGGUAAUUUCUACCAUUUUUAAUUUAAUAUUACUACUAUUUCAUUUCAUUAAAAAACUGAUUGAUAAAAACGAUAUAUGAUAUCGUUUUGAAUACUCACCACGAUCGAUUAAAAUCGAUGUUUUAGUUUUCUCGAUACGAUAUUUAUUUUUAACGAUAACAUAUUUCGAUAAAAAAUUAAGGACGUUAAUACGAUUGUUUUCGCACUUUGAAUGAAAUAAAAUUUUAACCAAAACUUCAAACAACCUAUUGUAGAAUAUAGAGAUCCAAUCAAUCUAUAUAUAUUAUGCUAUUAAUUAUUUGCUAGUUUUUUAAAGGUACGAAAAAAAUAAAAAAGUUUUAAACUAAUACCCAUAAUACAUACAAUUAUUGAAUUUAAAAGGAGUUCGUCCGCUGAUCUAAGCGGAAAGAAAGAAACAAUAAGGUCUAUUAGCAAACGUAAAAGAUUGCCUUAACAUUACGUUUCCUUUAGAGCAAAAUCAUUUUCAAGCGCAUCAUUGUAUAUUACAUAAUAUUUAACAUAAGAAUAACGUUGCCUAUAACAUAUUAAAUUGAUAAUGAUAACUGUAUCAAUUUUGUGGUUGUUGAAUUCUUUACUUUUCUAUUUUCUUUUACUAUUUUGCUUUUACCUUAAUUUGGUAUGUGUUUGAUUUUGUUAAUUAGUUCAUUUAGUUUAGUUUAUUCCAUUUACAGCGAUGCGAUUCAUUUAUUCUAUUUCGGAUUAAAUGUUUAGAAGUCAGAAGGAGAAGGUUAAUACGUUGAUUACAAACUCCCACUCAAAUUUUUAAAUUUUCAAACUUAAAUUCAUAUUUUAUCUCGUCUUGAUUCAAAUCUUCAAAUUGUUUAGCUAAGUUUACGUUGGUAGAGAGAUAUUGGUUAGGUUUUAAUCAUAGACGAUGUACUGCAUAGAUCUAGCAUCUCGUAUAAUUUGAUAUCAUGGAAACCAAAACACCGACCAUAUAACAAAUUUACGUUUAAUAAAUUACAUAUAUAUUAUUUAUAUUAUAUAUAUAUAAUUAUAUUUAUAUAGAUAAUCAUAUAUAUGUAUAUAUCCUACCACUGAAAUUGGUAAAAUGAAUAUCGUUUUAUGUCAUUUAUAUAAAAAAAUAUAUCUUUUCUGUGAUGAAUUAAACUUACUCUACGUUAGAUCGGUAAUGUUGGAAGUGAUACGAAAAUGGUAACAGUUUGGCUAGUCUUUGAAUCAUGUGACGCAAUGUACGUGUUGAGCUGUUAAAUGAUAGAUCUAUCUUAUGCUUCGUCUAUGGUAGUUUAAGUAUCGAGUACAAAAGUAGUAUACAAAACCAGUAUUCGUGAGUGAUUUAUAUCAAAAUACAAUAAUUAUUAUUAUAAAUCAUUAACAAUGCGUAAUAUUGAAAUAAAAGCAAAAAUUGAUGAUCCAGACCUUAAGAUUUCUCGAGUUGUACAAUUAACAAA